AGUUAGUGAAAAAAAAGGAACAGUCCAAGCGAGGUUUCCUUGGGGCGAAGAAGCUAAAGCUGAAGAGGAAAACACCGGGUCCAAAAAAGCGAGCCCGUGAUCUUGUAGAGGAGUUCGGGCUGUGCCCCAUCUCUUUACAGCCAAUGCGCAGACCCGUGCUGCCAUCAUCAGGGCAGGCCUAUGAUGAAAUCAACAUAGUGCGGUUCUGCUCAAGCGGCAAGAAGCAGUGCCCAGUCUCAGGCGCCGCCCUGGAAUGCUAUCGGAAGGGCACUGACAAGGGGAAAGUCAUGCUCACACCGGACUAUGCUCUGCGCAAUGUCAUCCGCCACCAGGCUGUGCAGGCAAAGGUGUACAUCCCACCAAUUGACAAGGAUGAGCUGCUCAAGGAGAUGCGCAUCUUCCUGACGCUGGAGACGCCAGGCGAUGACUUCACCACGGUCAUGCCGGCUCUCGCCAAGGCGGUUGUGGAUGACACGAAUCUGGGCUACAUCAAGCCCAAGGAGCUGCAGGAGCUGCUGGGCAGCAUGCGGGAAGCUGCCGAGAGCUGCCCCGGCGGCUGUGCAGCGGAGGCGUUCCCUGCGCUAGUGGCGGAGUGCUUCGCGUGCCGCGUGCCUCACAUCGUGGACAUGGGCGUCGACAUGCUGCCGUCCGAGGCCGCCUGGGGCUGCCCCCGAGUCAUGCGCGAGGCCCUCUCCGUCGGCCAGGACCCCGACUGCCGCGGCCAGGUGCUGGUGGCGAUAGAGAGGAAGUUCAAGGAGCGGGCGUACGCCGCGGCGCAGGCGCGCGCGGUGCUCAGCUAUGAUACCGAAUCCGUGCCCGUGCAGCAGUUCCAGGCGCGCUGCGCGGACCUUCUCCUCUUCGCCCCCAACCUGCAGCUCUCCAAGGCGCGUUCCUGA